AUGUCCGCCGCCCUUCCAAUCCACCAAACCCCCUCAGCCACCACUUGCAUUUCCGCAGUUUCCUCUGCACUGGUUGGUUUGCGCGCGCUUCUGUCUCCCGGUCCUGAGUCCCUCCCCUCUGGCGCCACGGCACGGGCAGCGUACGCCACGGUGGCCGUUUCCAGAGACCCGCAAUUUGCCACGUUGGAGGAUGCUGACGUGGAACAUUUCAAGGGGAUUCUAGGCGAACGUGGCGUGAUCACGGACCCUGACGCCGUGGCAGCAGCCAACGUGGACUGGAUGGGCAAGUACAAGGGGUAUAGCAAGCUGUUGCUGCGGCCAACCACAACAAGCCACGUGGCGGACGUUCUGAAAUACUGCAAUGAGAGGCGGUUGGCUGUGGUGCCUCAGGGCGGCAACACGGGGCUGGUGGGCGGCAGUGUGCCUGUGUUCGAUGAGGUGAGUGCGGUCGACAUGAGCUGCCAGAUUGGUGGCAACGUGUCCACCAACGCGGGUGGCAUCCGCCUGCUGCGAUACGGCUCCCUGCAUGGCUCCGUGCUCGGGUUGGAGGUGGUGAUGGCGGACGGCACGGUGGUGGACAUGACGAGGGCGCUCAGGAAGGACAACACGGGCUACGACCUCAAGCAGCUCUUCAUCGGAGCGGAGGGCACGCUAGGGGUGGUGACGAGGGUGGUGCUGCUGGCGCCCCCGCGCUCGCCCUCAGUGCACGUGGCGCUGCUGGGGUGCUCCUCCUUCGACGCCGUGCAGCAGGUGUUCUGCGCCAGUAGGCGUCACCUGGGGGAGGUGCUAUCUGCCGCUGAGUUCUUCGACCGCAGCUCCCUGCAAAUGGUGUUGAAGCACAACGAGGGCACGAGGGACCCGCUACCAGACGGGGAGUAUCCCUUCUAUGUCCUCAUUGAGACGUCUGGCAGCAACCCUGAGCACGACCGGGCAAAGCUAGACACGUUUCUGGAGGGGGUGAUGGAGGAGGGCGCGGUGGAGGAUGGUACCGUGGCUCACGACUCCACACAGGCCGCUGCCAUCUGGCACCUGCGCGAGGGUGUGGCGGAGGCGCUACAGAGAGCGGGGGCAGUGUACAAGUACGAUCUGUCGGUACCCGUCUCACAGCUCUACGGCCUUGUGGAUGAGAUGCGCACACGGCUAGAGGGCAGUGCAGCGCAGGUGGUGGGAUACGGGCAUCUGGGCGAUGGCAAUCUGCACCUCAACGUCUCCGCUCCCUCGUAUGACGACAAGUUGUUGGAGCGGAUAGAGCCGUAUGUGUACGAGUGGGUGGCGGGGCGGCAGGGCAGUGUGAGUGCGGAGCAUGGGCUGGGGCUCAUGAAGGCCAACGCCAUCCACUACAGCAAGGACCCCCAAGCGGUGGCAGUGAUGAAGAGGGUGAAGGCCCUCUUUGACCCCAAUGGCAUCCUCAACCCCUACAAGCUGCUGCCCUCCGCGUGA